UUUAAUUAAUAACGGAGCCCACGAAUUGUUGUUGAACAGCAUCACUAAAGGAGGGAGCCACGUACAAUUCUUAUCCUUCGUCAGAUCAAUAACAGUUUGGAGUUUUCUUAGUAGUGGCAAUGCUGGAAAUGAUAAAGAUGUUGAGGUUACGUCUUACUCCAAAUAUUCCUAAAAUAUUCAAACGCAAUAUAGGAAUAGUAGCACCUGCUCUCCAAAAGGCUAGUGAUCCCAUACAACAACUUUUUAUAGAUAAAAUUCGAGAAUAUAAUAGCAAGAGCAAAGAUGGAAAAUUAGUUGACCCAACUCCAGAAAUUGAACAAGAAAGAAAGUCUAAAUUAGAAAUACUCGCUACUCAAUAUGGUUGUUCUCCUGGCACAGAUAUGACAAGUUUCCCAAAAUUUACUUUUACUGAUCCACCAAUAGAUUCAGGAGUAUCAAAAAGUUAAAUAUACCAAUAUGAUCUUCAGGUAGAAAAUGUAUGUAUAAAAAAAUCAUUCAACAUAUUAAAAUGUUCAUUGUAAAAAUAUAUAUAUACAUAAUAAAUAAAUAAUCUGAGAGAGAUUA